AUGGCCAGGCCUGGCAACAAGAUCAUACAAGCCAAACUGGUGCUUCUAGGGGACAUGGGAACUGGAAAAACCAGCUUGGUAUUAAGAUUUGUCAAAGGCCAGUUUUUUGAUCACCAGGAACCAACAAUAGGAGCAGCUUUCUUCACUCAGAUACUGUCGUUAAGUGAAGCCACUGUGAAGUUUGAUAUAUGGGACACAGCAGGACAAGAACGGUAUCAUAGCUUAGCUCCUAUGUACUAUCGUGGUGCAGCAGCUGCUGUAGUCGUGUAUGACAUCUCAAGCACGGAUACGUUCACUCGAGCCAAAAAAUGGGUUCAAGAAUUGCAAAGGCAAGGGAAUUUAAGCUUAGUGAUGGCGUUGGUGGCAAAUAAGUGCGACUUGGAGGCGAAAAGAGAGGUCGAGAAUGAGGAAGGGGAGCAAUUUGCUCAAGACAACGGGAUGUUUUUCUUGGAAACAUCAGCCAAAACUGCACAGAAUAUCAAUGAGCUAUUCCAUGAAAUAGCAAAGAGAUUAGCAAGAGCUUGCCCCUCAAAGCCUCCCGGAGUGAAUCUAAUCAACGAAACACGAGACAGAAGAAGAAAGUCAUUUUGUUGCUUGGGGUGA